AUGUUUGUUAUUGCCGCUCCAUGUAAUUUUUGUUUGUUUAACAUCCGUGAAAUUACGCCAUGCAAAGGAAAGAACUGUGAAAUAACCCUAUGUUAUCGAAAAGGUUGCGCACCAUUGCCACCACCAGGACACUACGGACAGCCGAAAGUACUGUACACAUGCAGUGGUGUGAAUCCAUCGAACAGUAUUAGCCGAGGACUGCGUCAUAUACCAGGCAGCCCGGAACGUAUCCUGGAUUUGCCCAAUUUUAUGGAUGACUACUACAGGAACGCGAUUCACUGGAGCUCAGACAACAUCAUAGCAGUUGCAUUAACCAAUUCUGUAUAUCUCUGGAACGCAUCAUCCGGCGAAAUUUCUGUAAGUGUUAUUUUCCAGUCCAUAGCUGCUAGCAAAAGCUAA